CUUGAUGCUACCGUCCACCCGUCUCGUACCGUGCACUCGUCCAAGUGUUCACUAUAUUACGUCUACGGGUCCCAUAUCCAGCGAACAACCCUCACGCUCGCUCUUGCUGAAGUUGCCCUCCCCCCACGUCCUGGGUUGAGCCGUCGCAUCCUUUUGCUCCCGCCACUGGUCCUGCAAGUGUCUGCCGUGCCCGACCCGAGUCCUCGGCGCAACCUUGGCUGCACGUAUCGAGUGUGGAUUGCGCAACCUCGCCUCCAAGACCGUCUCGAGUUCAGACCGGACCGGGCACCUACAACCCACGUUGAAGCAGAAACAAUGUCCCUGUUCGGCGAGCCUGAGGCGGACGAGAGCCCAUCGAUGCACUCGUCGUUCGCGCGGUCUCGGCAGUCGCUGUUCGACGAGGACUCCAACAACCCGUCCAAUUCGAACUCGAUCUUCCAGGACGACGACGUGGCCGGCAGCGGGACGGCGUCGCCGUGGGACAUGCCCACGCCGCGCAAGCAGCACUCCCGGGCCGACAUCCUGCGCAACCUCCUGCCUGCCUCGGACGUGCCGGAUAGCUACAUCGAGACCUUUGACAGCGUCGUGCGGGACGAUGGCAGCGGCGGCAAGGUCACGUCUGGGGGCGUCCUGCGCGUCCUCGCCGCCGCCAAGAUCGGCGCGGACGACCAGGGCAGAAUAAUGCGAGUGAUUGCGCCGGGCGGCGGGGAGGUGGCCCUUGGGAGGAACGAGUUCAACGUCUUGCUGGGCCUCGUCGGGCUCGCCCAGGAGCGUGAGACCAUCAGCCUGGACGGCAUUGACGAACGCCGACGAAACCUCCCAGUCCCAAAUCUCCCAGGCAUCACAGCAUCACCUGCAGCAGGACCUUUUGCUGCUGCUCAACCCAGUGUGCUCGCCGCGAAGCCCCCACAGCGGCCGAUAACUCCACCAGCCAAGGAUAUAGCACCUACACAGCCGUCAAUGGAAUACUCAGAUGAUCCCUGGAACAGCCCCGAUGUUCACAAGCACCAUAAACACGCACAGGAGCCCGAACCUCCGACCACCCACGUCCCCCAGCAGCAAGCUGUACAGAGCCCACCGUUAAAUGGCCAUGGCGAUAGCAUUGGGACCCCCGAGCCCACUGGGCCGCCCGCCCGCACCACCUCUACCUUCACCACAGCUUCCAUCGAGUCUGUAGGAGAGCCCGAGCCCGCCCCGACGCGUCAGGAAUCCUUCCCGCCGGCCGCCUCUCCAGGCGUCGGCUGGGGCUCUGGUGAUUUCUUUGGCGGCACCCCCGCGGCAUCGAACCCCGUGACGAGUCCCUUCGGGGCGCCUGCGGGUAUCGGCGUGGCCAGGGAGCAUGGCGAACAACGGCCUGGUCCUAUCUCGAAUAGGAUGAUAGGCAGUGGCAGGACAGGCAGCGGCGUCGAGGAGCACAUUGUUGUGAACCUGCUGCCCGAGAAAGAGGGCAUGUUCAUGUUCCAACACCACAACUAUGAGGUAGUGAGCGCCAGGAGGGGAAGCAAGGUCAUCCGAAGAUACAGUGACUUCGUAUGGCUGUUGGACUGCUUGCACAAGAGGUAUCCCUUCAGGGUGCUGCCCCUGCUCCCUCCAAAGAGGGUUGCCGUCAAUGGCAACCACUUGUCCAACGAUGGUGCCUUUAUCGAGAAACGACGCCGCGGCCUCGCCCGUUUCCUCAACGCAGUCUGCAGGCACCCGAUCCUCAGCCAGGAGCAGCUGGUCAUCAUGUUCCUGACGGUGCCUACCGAGCUCGCCGUCUGGCGCAAGCAGUCCUCCAUCUCCGUGCAGGACGAGUUCGCCGGCCGCGCCCUCCCGCCGGGGCUGGAGGACUCCCUCCCCGCCGAGCUCGAGGAGCUCUUCCAGCGCACGCGCUCCGGCGUGCGGCGCAGCGCCGAGCUGUACAUCGGCGUCUGUAACGUCAUGGACCGGCUCGUCAAGCGCGGCGAGGGCGUCGCGGCCGACCACGCGCGGAUGGCCCUCUCGCUGACGUCCCUGACCGAGGCCACCGCCGACACGUACGCCACCGACACGAACGAGGUGCCGCUGGUCAACGACGGCCUGAUCGCCAUGAGCAAGCACCUGCGUACGUCGCAGACCCUCAUGGAGGACGAGGCCCGCGCGUGGGACGCGGGCGUGCUGGAGGACCUCAAGAGGCAGCGCGACGCGCUGGUCAGCGUGCGGGACCUGUUUGACCGGCGGGAGCGCCUGGACCGGGACAACAUCCCCGCCCUGGAGCGGCGAAUCGACAACAACGAGACGAAGCUGGCGAACCUGAGGGCCAAGCCUGACGGCCUGAUCAAGCCUGGUGAGAUUGAGAGGGUCGUGGAGGCCAUUAUCAAGGACAAGGAGUCGAUUGUCAGCCAGCACAACCGCUCCGUCUUCGUCAAGGAGUGCAUCCGCGACGAGCUCAUCACCUUCCAGUCCACGCAGUACCACAUCUCGCGGUGGAACCAGGACUGGGCCCAGGAGCGCGUCAAGUACGCGGAGAUGCUGGCGGAUAACUGGCGCCGGCUCCUCGACGAGCUUGAGGGCAUGCCCCUGGGAGACUAAGGACGCGGGGACGUUAUGGUUUUAGGCAGGUUUAGGGGGCGGGGGCGUAUUCGUCGUCAGCUAUACGAGCCUGUCGAAUGUGGAACGAGGCAUGCUUAAUGUUUCGAUCAGAUGGUAUAUAACGUCCGCGACGGCUAGGCUGGGAAUGGAAGGAAGCUGGAACUGGCCACGAGAUGAUGGGCAAAGACGAUAACAAAGAAGCUACCGAGGCGUGCACAGAUUUCACUGCAUGGCGACGGCAAGGAGCAGAAGGUUGAUUGGGUGAAUUGGGGGGGGGGGUGUGGGAGAGAAGUAUGUGUCCCGAAAUGUAUAGUGCUGUAUAUUUUGUUGUCGAGGGCACGUAUGACCUAGCAGAGAGUGCCGAUUCCAUAGCGAUCGAUACCCACUCAUUCAUUGUGUUGCUCCUGGCA